AUGGCCACCGUCAUGGAGGAUUAUCUCGAGAGUCCCAUGGACCAAGACGACGUCUUCCCUUGCAAAGGCUGCGGAGAGAUCCUAGAAGAGGGCAAAGCGUUCGAACUUGCCGGAAACCGAUGGCAUCUCAACUGCUUCCGCUGCAACACCUGUGGCACACUCCUCGAUUCCGAUGCGAACCUACUCCUCCUCGGCGAUGGCUCGCUCAUCUGCAACAAUUGCACCUACAGCUGCAGUGCCUGCAACAACAAGAUUGAGGACCUCGCUAUUCUUACCGGCGACCAGGCCUUUUGCGCGACGUGUUUCCGCUGCCGCAACUGCAAGCGUAAGAUUGAGAACCUGCGAUAUGCGCGGACAUCACAAGGCAUCUUCUGCAUGAGCUGUCAUGAGUCGCUCAUGGCAAGACGGAGGAAAAAAUCAAAAGCGGCAGCCCAGGCCAAGUCAAAGGAGAAGGACGGAUCUCCCAUGAUCACGGACAAGUCGCUCCCUGCUCUUCCUCCCAACGCCAUCCCUCCCAAUGCCUUCCACGAUACACGGGUCGAUCCCGACUCCGACAAGGAGACCCCGACCGAGCUGUCUCCUAGACCGCGCCCGGCUUAUAGCAGGAACGACUCGGGGUCCAAGAAUAGCGGUCGACUGUCGCGCUCGCCCGAGCGUGCCUCGGAAUCCACCAAGGACGCUGGCUUGGAUAAGGAGUAUUUCAGUCUGCCUCGGACCAGCACGGACAAGAAGGCCGACUCCCAGUCCUCAACCCCUCACAUUGCGUUCCAAGAAAAGGGUCGGCAACCGUCGUCCGAUUACGAGUCUGGACCUAUCAAGCUGCCUCUGCGCAAGACGUCGAAAUCGUCGAGAAAUGACAACCGGUCGUCGGUCAUGAAUGAUGAAAAGACGCAAAAAGUAACCACCGGCAAGCUCUCGCCGUCGAUUGACGAGUUCAAGCUGCAGGAUGCGCCCAAGAGUAAGAAGCUCAUCAGCCCGAGAAGCACCUCUCACUCGGCCACCAUGACCCCGGAAAGUGGCAGCGCCAAGAGCAGCGAGGGUGUUCUUCGCAAAGACAAGGAGCCUUUUUCGAGCUUGUCUUCGUCCGAUUCACCUCCCCGCAUGGGCGGUGGAACAGCUCGAUCGUCCCAGGAUUCGAGACAGCGCGAUGAGGGCGAGGUGCGCCCCUCACUGGACUCCAUCUCUUCCUCGCGAACAGACACGACGGCUGGCAAAUCCAUCACCCGAAAGGAGUUGCCAUCUUCACGCAGUGCAAACGGCAAGCCUGGCGGCUCUCUGAAUCGAUCCGCUACACACGAUGAGACAAGCUCCUCGGGUCUCUCCGCUGCGCGCCCGAGUAUGACUGAGCACAAGCUCAGCGAUACUUACAUGCAGCCUCGAGCGCCCCCGCAACCGCCCGGUGUGCCCGCGAACACUCCCAAACCUCCCGCAAAGGACGCAAAGGAUCAGACGAAUGUCAACGAGGAAGGCAAGGUCUCCCCCAAGCUACCUAGAUGGAGCUCAGGUGGCGAUUUCAGUAUGGACGAGGACAUGGCUAGGAUCCUCGGCACCGACGAAGGUUCAUCAUCUAUCCUGCGCCGCGUGUCAAACGCUGUCCGUCACGGACGCACCAACAGCAUCGAAGGCAACCAUUCUCAGCCUCCCCAGCACCCUCAUAGAGUGACUGGCCACUCGCGGAGUAUUAGCGAAACCACCCGCGGCACCGCCUCGCCUCGCUGGCCCAAGACGCCCCUCGUUGAGGAUCCCAACGGGUACGAGGUCAGCAGUCCCGUUUCCCUUCACUCGAGCGACGACCCGGCCUUCCUCAAGCGGCAGCUGCGUAACUCGGAGAACCGCGUUGCGGAACUAGAGAGACAGUUCACCACGGAGAAGGAUCUGAAGCGACUGAACAAGACGCUCAUUGAGAAGCGCAAGACGGUCUCGGUGCUGGACACCCAAACUGAGAUUAUGAUUCGUCAGCUCGAAGUCUUGGCCGGAUACGUUGAACGCGCAAAAGAGACAAAGACACCUGUCGAUCCCCGCGACUUGGAAGAUUCCGCCAUCAAAGAGUUUGUACAGAAGCUGGACAAGGUCAAACAGGUGAUGAGCGCAGCGAUUGAGCAGCUCCACGCCGAGCGCGACGAGCUGGUUGACGAGAAGAACCAAGCGAUGGCCGACAGGGACCGCGCGCUUUUGGAGUUUGAGCAGCUAUCAUCCAAGAACGCUCAGCUCGCCGACAUGAACAACGAAAUGACCCAUCAGAUCCAGGAGCGGUUCAAGUCUCAGAUCGGCGGUGAGCUCAAGUCGCCCAACGGACUGGGUAUCUACAGCCAGAGCAAGGUGUUCUCGUCGUCUCAGCUGAACUUGGCCGAUUCCGCGAGCUUGUCCACGACUCUCGUUCACGAGACGGACGAGCCGGUGGUUGAGGCUAGGCCGACCGUGGUCGACAUAAGGAAGGGCCAGGUCAAGAAGUUCAACUGGAAGAAGGGCUCAAAGGGCCUGGCACAGAACGUGGCCAAGGGUGUCAACCGUGCCGUAGUGGCCUUCCAACAGGAGCGCGAGCGUGGCCCGCAUCAGGGCUUGACUGGCGACAACAUCGGCAUGCCGUACAACAUGACGGUCUCCCAAGUGGAGGCCCCCAGUGCCCCGGCCCCUGCGCCUGCGCAAAAGGGCUCGCAGCAGGCAGUCGAUCGCCAGGGUUUCGGCUUCUUCAAGAAGGGCAGCAACCAGAAGUCCAUGUCCUCGACCAAUGUAUCGACGCCCGCCAUCGCAGAAGCACCCACCACCUUGUUCGGCUCUGAUCUUACCGAGAGAGCCGACUACGAACGCCGUACCAUUCCCAGCGUCGUGACGCGCUGCAUUGAAGAGGUCGAACUCCGUGGUAUGGACAUUGAGGGCAUCUACCGAAAGACGGGCGGCAAUUCGCAGGUGAAGAUGAUACAGGAAGGAUUCGAUAAGAGCGAGGAUUACGACAUUUCAGACCCUGGCCUCGACAUCACUGCUGUGACGAGCGUGCUCAAGCAAUACUUCAGAAAGCUCCCGAUGCCGCUACUGACGUACGAGGUGUAUGACAGGGUCUUGGAGUCCAACGCCCUCACCGACCAGACCGAGCGCUGCGACCACCUCCGCAAGGUGUUCAGCUCGAUGCCCGAGCGCCACCGCGACUGCCUCGAAUUCCUCAUGUUCCAUCUUGCGCGGGUGGCCCAACGAGAGCCUGAGAACUUGAUGUCGCCCAAGAACUUGGCGGUCGUGUUUGCUCCAACAAUCAUGCGAGACACAAGCCUGGAACGAGAGAUGACAGACAUGCACGCCAAGAACCUGGCUGUGCAGUUCGUCAUUGAGAACAGUAACACCAUCUUUACUGACUGA